UCACUGGAUCGGCUACAUUCGAUACAGCCAUUUUUGCCAUUUUUACUAGACGUGAAUUUGAACGACGAUUUUUCCAAACUUUUUUAGAGUUUUAGUACCGUUUUCGCCAACAUGUCUACGGCUGAACUACCUUGCUACACUUUGAUUAAUGUUCUUGGUGAUUCAGAGGCACAGAGUGACCAAAAGCUCGCCGAGGAUCUGGAAAAAGGCGAUCUCAGGGUAAAAACAGAUGCUCUCAAGAGAGUGAUCCAACAAAUUUUAAAUGGGGAGAAAAUGCCGUCCUUGUUGAUGGUGAUCAUCAAGUUCCUGAUGCCUCUUGAUGAGCAUACCAUCAAAAAACUCCUUCUGAUUUUCUGGGAGAUUGUUCCCAAGACUGGCCAGGAUGGUAAACUGUUACAGGAGAUGAUUCUGGUUUGUGAUGCGUACAGAAAGGAUUUACAGCAUCCCAAUGAGUAUAUCAGGGGAUCUACUCUGAGAUUUCUUUGCAAGUUAAAGGAAGCUGAGUUGUUGGAACCUCUCAUGCCUGCCAUCAGAAACUGCUUGGAACAUCGUCACUCGUAUGUGCGACGUAAUGCUGUAAUGGCAAUUUACACAAUCUACCGCAAUUUUGACUUUCUGAUCCCUGAUGCCCCAGAGUUGGUACACACCUUUCUUGAGCAGGAGCAAGAUGCAUCCUGUAAACGUAGUGCCUUUAUGAUGCUUAUCCAUGUGGACCAGGAACGAGCUUUGGAAUACCUGAGCACCUGUAUAGAUCAGGUUAACACUUUUGGUGAUAUACUACAGCUGGUGAUAGUUGAACUGAUUUACAAGGUGUGCCAUGCCAACCCAGCUGAGAGAUCUCGCUUCAUUCGAUGCAUCUACAAUUUGUUGAAUUCUUCAUCACCGGCUGUGCGUUAUGAAGCUGCUGGCACUUUGGUGACCCUAUCAUCUGCUCCCACAGCAGUAAAGUCAGCAGCAUCCUGUUACAUUGAGCUGAUUGUGAAGGAGAGUGACAACAACGUGAAGCUCAUUGUGCUAGACAGGCUGGUUGCUUUAAAAGACAACCCUUCUCAUGAGAAAGUCCUAAGGGAAUUGGUGAUGGAUAUUCUUCGUGUACUGUCCUCUCCUGACCCUGAAGUCCGUAAGAAGACAUUGCAGCUUGUGCUGGACCUGGUUACUUCAAGGAACAUUCAUGAGGUUGUAGCAGUUUUAAAGAAGGAGGUGACCAAAACACACAAUGACAGUGAACAUGAGGAUGUUGGUGGAUAUCGGCAGAUGCUUGUCCGCACUCUUCAUACAUGCAGUGUAAAGUUCCCUGAUGUGGCUGUGUCUAUUGUACCACUGCUGAUGGAAUUCUUGGGUGACAGUAAUGAGCAAGCAGCCUUUGAUGUGUUGGUGUUUGUUCGUGAGGCAGUGCAGCGAUUUGAGCAAUUGAAGCCUGUAAUCAUGGAGAAGUUGUUGGAAAAUUUCCACACCAUCAAGACUGUCAAGAUUCAUCGCCAUGCCUUGUGGAUUAUGGGUGAAUAUGCCAACAGCAAGCAGGAUAUUUUGGAUGUUAUGGAAGAGAUCAAGAAGGGCCUCGGCGAUGUUCCCAUCGUGGAUGAUGAAAUGAGAAGAGCUGCUGGAGAUGUUACAGAAGGUUCAGAGCAGGGCGCUUCUCAGACAUCUGGUGGGCAGCGUCUGGUGACAGCUGAUGGAACGUAUGCCACCCAGAGUGCUCUCAGCACUCCUGGGAUAACUUCUCUCACAAAGAAGGACGACGAGAAAAGACCUCCUUUGCGUCAAUACCUUUUGGAUGGUGAAUUCUUUGUUGGGGCGGCCGUCGCUUGUACUUUGACAAAACUUGCUCUGCGCUAUUUGGACAUGGAGGAAGACAAAGAGAAACAGAAUGUCUUUUGUGCAAACUGUAUGCUUAUCAUGGCCAGUAUAUUGCAUCUUGGAAAGUCAGGCCUACCGAAGAAGAUUAUUACCGAUGACGAUGUAGAUCGUAUUUCUCUGUGUGUUCGUGUUGUUGCCGAGCGUGUGCCAGUUAUGAAGAACAUCUUCACUGUUGAGUGUCGUAACUCCCUGUCGUCCAUGUUGGAUGCCAACAAGAGAGUUGAGGAGGAGAAACACACAAAGGCAGACAUUGAGAAGGCGCUGGCUAUCCAAGUUGAUGACCCAAUCCCCUUCAUGCAGCUGUUGGCAAAAUCAGAUUCUGGAAUUACUGAGGACCAGUUUGCGCUUGCUUUGUCUCAAGCGGUUGGUUCUACUGGAAAGAAGGAUGAUGAGCUUGUCGGAUCUAAACUUAACAAGGUGGCGCAGCUGACAGGUUUUUCGGACCCAGUGUAUGCCGAGGCGUACGUAAACGUGAAUCAGUAUGACAUCGUGUUGGACUUGCUGAUCGUGAAUCAGACUUCGGACACACUGCAGAAUGUCACUUUGGAACUGGCUACACUUGGUGACCUAAAGCUUGUUGAAAAGCCACAGCCCAUCAUGCUGGGACCGAACGACUUCUCUAACAUUAAGGCGAAUGUUAAAGUGUCGUCGACAGAGAACGGAAUUAUCUUUGGCAAUAUCGUUUAUGACGUGUCAGGAGGUGCAGGCGACCGCAACUGUGUGGUGUUGAAUGAUAUUCAUAUCGACAUCAUGGAUUACAUUGUACCAGCUUCUUGUACGGAUUCAGAGUUCAGGCAGAUGUGGGCUGAGUUUGAAUGGGAGAACAAGGUGACUGUGAACACAAAUAUCACCGAUCUCCGUGAAUACUUGGAUCACUUGAUUGCUUCAACUAACAUGAAGUGUUUGACCCCGGACAAGGCUUUGGCAGGAGAAUGUGGUUUUAUGGCAGCCAACCUAUACGCCCGCAGUAUUUUUGGAGAAGAUGCUUUGGCUAACGUGUCCAUCGAGAAACCCAGUGACCAAUCAGGGCCAUCAGUGACUGGUCACGUGCGCAUCCGGGCUAAAAGCCAGGGAAUGGCUCUGAGCUUAGGAGACAAGAUCAAUCUAUCUCAAAAGAAAGUCACUAAGUAAUAAGAUUCCAUCUUUUAGUCGGAAGAUGCAGUGUAAUUGUUAACUCAGUGAUGCUUUAACUAGAAUGUAGUUUUUAGUUAUCAAGAACAGUCAUGUUAGAAAUAAAACAGGACUGGAAAGUUGAUUUCAGUUUCAGUUUCAGCUGUCGAUUCAGUUACGUUAUAGCAUGUAAGGUUUCUUUGUAACUGUGAAAAUUGCCUAUGAAAAUAAAUAUUUACCCGUACAAUA